AUGAAUGAUGACCAAUUGGUUGAAACGGAAAAGUGGAAGGUGGAUCAAGGCGGAUCGCAGCUAGAGCAAGAAAAAGUGCUGGUUCACACAAACCUGGGCACUAGUAUCCGCGAGCUUGCUGAGGAAAUAUUUUGGGCGAAGUACAAGGACUUAAAUCUAAGAAUAAACGUGGAACCGGCCAAAGGCUAUCUGCUCAAAGCGCGCGACAGGUCUUACGAGUCCCUUCAAAUCUGGUGA